UAGAUAAUAUGCAAGACAUUUCAUUUCUUUAAAACUCCUGCAAGACAAGAACUUUAUAUCAUUAGAUUGUGUUUAUUUUUAUUUUCUAUUACAAACAGGAGAGACAAACGCGGUCAGAGUAAUCACAGUCGACAGUUUGAAAUAAUCGGUUUAACAUAUCGUAACGAUAUGGGUACAUUUACUGAACUUCCGAUGUUGUGCGUGGAAGAGGAAAUUAUUGCUAAAACAUCACGAAAUGUGUUUAUCGAUUAUGAUGGAGUGAAGAAUUUAGCCAGGGAGGUAAUACGUUUUAUGUUAUGGAAUUACAAUCAUGACAUGCUUUCUAAAGUGGGAAAUAAUUAUUUACGGCAUUUACUUCGUUUUUAUCCUGAUAAUGACGACUAUAGAUGUGCGGAUUGGCUAUUCGUAUUAAAUACAUUGAACUUUUCACUCUUUCUUCCAAAGUCUGUUAAACAGUGGACAGUUAAUGGAUUUACAGGAUACUGGGCAUUGUGCUCGGCUAUGAGAAGAGCAAUUAUCGAUGAAGGAAAGCCUUUAUGGAAUCCUGAUUAUUACAUGAAUAUAAGCGUAAGUGACAUGGAACAAAUUUUCCGAGGUGACGAUGGCUCUUGUAUUCCUUUUAUGACAGACAGACUUAGGAUUUUGCAUGACAUCGGAAAAAUUUUAGUGAACAAAUAUAACGGUAGGUUUGCAUACUGUAUUGUAAUGUGUAAUUAUAAUGUAAUGCUCUUGAUGCUCCUGCUUACGAGUGAAUUUCAAUGUUACCGAGACGAGGGAAUUUAUAAUAGAAAGAAAGUUUGCUUACUUACGAAGGCUAAGAUACUGAUAAAUGAGCUGUCUUGUUUCUUUCCAAUUAAUAUGACAUUACGUUCCAAAGUGUCUACGUUGUUUAUCGAUUAUCGUGCUCCUCAAGUUCUCGUUCACUUUAAAGCACUUCGCUAUAGCGAAGCUCUCAAAAAGAGAUUCGAGAAAAAUAAUCAACCAAUAUCUCAAGGAAGUCCAGAAGAUCUGGAAUUACGCAGUUGUUCGAUUGUAACAAUUCGAAUGGUACGCGAAGAGGUGGAAAAGAUGUUUGAGUCUGUCGCGGAAGAUAUACCCAACUUGAAGGCAAUAUCACAUAGCAUUUCAAUAUUGGUUGAUAAUUUCGUGUUUCAUUAUCGACACGAAUGGAACAAAGAAUUGAUGGAUAACGUACCGCUUCAUAAUAUCAUAACUGUACAUUAUUAGAACUACAUUAUUAGAACUCCUCAGUAAAAAGUUUUCCAUAUAUAUUUAGAAAUAUAAUAAGAUAUAAUUAUAUAUAAGACGUUGCGUAUUAUAAAAUAUGUCCUUAUAUAAAAAUGUAUAGUUAUAUAUGAAGUGGUAGUACACAUUUAUAUGUGAUUAUAUAUAAAUAUAU